CUUGGCUGAGCCAAACGCCUCGCGAGUCGUCGCGGCUUUUCGUACAAAUUAUUGCUAAGGACUCGGGGAGCGAGCAAUUUUCGCGGAAAUCAUCGGCGUGUUUAUAGCACUUUUGUGGAAGUGGAAGUGGAACUGGCACUAACAAUCGUCGAGAUUAUCACACGAGAGCGUCGAAGAUGUUUCGUAACUUCGUGAAUUUCACAAACAAAUACAAAGUGAUCCGGGGCAUGAUAUCAUAUGGAACCCUCUGGCCCUGCGGAUCCCUCAUCGAACAGACCGUGAUCGAGAAGAAGACAUUCCGAACGUACGACUGGAUGAAGUGCCUCAGGUUCAGUUUAUUCGGCUUCUUUUUCAUGGGGCCAACCAUAUACGUGUGGAUCAGACUGGCGGGCGUUAUGUGGCCAAGGACCGAUAUAAAGUCCUCGUUCUGCAAGGCGAUCACCGAGCAAACCGCAUACGAUCCCAUGGCCAUCAGCUCGUUCCUCUUCUUCAUGACCUUGAUGGAGGGCAACUCGUACGCUGACGCCAGGAGGGAGGUCAGCGAUAAAUUCCUGGACGCCUACAAGGUGGGCGUUAUUUAUUGGCCCUGCGUGCAGACGGUGAACUUCGCCUUCGUGCCGGCGCGGAACCAGGUCGUGUUCACCUCCUUCUUCAGCAUGUGCUGGACCACCUUCCUGGCCUACGUCAAGUUCCUCCAGCUGCACCCGCACGUGGACGUGGACCACCACGCCGUGGACAUCCACUUCCUGGAGAUGUGAUUGCACCGCGGCCAACAGCUAAUGACGUGUCGAUUCUGUAUCUUUUGUAUGUGUUUUCGGAGCCCAAAAACAUUGUUUAUUAAAUACUCGAGUGUGUACGCCCA